GUCCACUUUUGGUACUAAAAUAUUGAAUCCUUUUCUCUGCUAUCAUCCGAUACAACAUCUAUUCAAAAAGACGUUCAUUUAAUGACGAAAAUCAUGUAUCUGUAAUACAGGACGACGAAAGUUUGAAAUACUUAGUAAAAAAUUAAUUCUACUUUUCGUAUCAUCGAGUAACGCUACUAUUAAACAUGGAUAAAAGAAAGAUGUCGACAGCAGGAGAUUCCCUGUAUCAAAUAUUAGAAAUUCCAAAAACUGCCACCCCUGAAGAAAUUAAAAGGACUUAUAGAAAGUUAGCAUUAAAAUAUCAUCCUGAUAAAAAUCCGAAUAAUCCAGAAGCAGCAGAUAAGUUUAAAGAAAUAAAUAGAGCACAUGCUAUAUUAACAGAUUUAACUAAGAGAAAUAUAUAUGAUAAUUAUGGAUCUCUUGGAUUAUAUGUCGCGGAACAAUUUGGUGAAGAAAAUGUUAAUGCAUAUUUUGUUGUCACUUCUGGUUGGUGCAAGGCACUCUUCAUAUUUUGUAGUCUGAUAACUGCAUGUUAUUGCUGUUGUUGCUGCUGUUGUUGUUGCAACUUUUGCUGUGGCAAAUUUAAGCCAACACCACCAGAAAAUAGUGGAGAAUACCACAAUUUACAGCGGAACCAGAACCCAGAGGCGAAUGUCGUGAUGAAUCAGCCCAGAGGCCUGGUUAAGGAAGAGGAGAGUGAUGACGAUGCGAUUACAGCACAACCACAGGGUGGUCCGCAAAAUAAUUCGACGAAUCAACAACCCAUUUUCGCCAUGCCUCCACCAGCCAUGAGCCAACCGAUUACUACCGUCGAUGAGAAUACAAAUUUGAACAGGGGUGCUGAAAGAGUUAUUUACACAACUGCUGCCUCUACAAAUCCUUUCAUUGGAGCAAACGUUGGUACAACUAGCACAACUGCAACAAAGUGGUAGUCACCAAACGAUAAAAACGGUAAACUUAUAAGCGUUGGGAUAUUUGUUAUAUAACUUUUACGGGGUGGAUUUUGAUCUGUGAGUAGUGUGCAAGACAUUAAAAGAUUAUUGGAAAUGUUUUUUGUAAGAAAUUUACUUAAUUAUCGUCAAAUAAUUAAGUUACAGAAGAAUGUAUGCACUUUAAAAGUUUUUUAUUAUCGCGUAAUCAAAUAUUUAGGUUUAUAUCUAUUGAAUGCUUUAAUAUUGACAUGAUAAUAAAGUGAUAUAUAGUUCAAUUCUUCUUAACAUCUCCAAAUAAUUUAAUCAAUGAUAUAUUUGUCUAUAAUUUAGAAAAGGAAAAGAGUCAGUACAAUUAAAAAAAUGAAAUAUUAUAAAUGACAUAAAUAUUAGAAACAAAAGUUACUAAUUUCUUCUCAAUUUUUAAAUUUAGCAAAUUAAGACAGAUUUAACAAAGACUUAGUAAAGUAUAUGGGAUAUGAAAAGUGAUAUUAAUAUUCAUAUGUAAAUCCACCCCGUUUCUACAAAUAGACAAAACAAAGAGUGGCGAAUAAGGAUCUCGAUAUAUAAAUAUUUAAUUCACAAAUUCUCAAUUAUUCUCAAAAUUGAAAUCAAUAUUUAAUGAUAAAAAUCACAUUUUGUUAAUGCAUGAAAUACGUAAACAAUGUACGCGUGAAUAAAAAUGGCUUGAAGUUACUAGGAAACUUUUCUUUGUUAAUUGAUUAUAUUAUUAUAUAUUGUAAUUAGUAUGACAAUAAGUUAUACAUUAAUCCAGCUGCUUCUUCAAAAUAUUUAUUUUUAAUAGUAAUCGUAUCCUGCGAAACACAACAAUGUACAUACCGAGAAUGGAUUCAUUACAAAGUGGAACUUCCAGUCUUUAUUAGGAUGAUGUGAAAUUAAUGCACAAUAUUAUUUUAAUCGCUUAUUAUAGCAAAUGAAUUUACAAAUUCAAUAUCAGUUUCAUAAUUGGUUAAAGACAUUAUAUAAGAGUUUCAUGCUUUUAUUAAGUAAACGCACUUGAGUAGGAUGAUUUACAACAAAAGAUACUAAAAUAAAUUUCAGUAUUAAAACUUCAUAAUAAAAUACGCAACAAAUUUGGAUUUAUAAUUGAGUUCAAAACAUAUUUCAUAAUUUUUACUUCUUAAAACAAAGAAAAAAUUUUUUUUCAUUCAUACAAAAAUGAAUAUAUAAAAUUAAAUAAAAACAAAUAGUAUUCAAUAAUAUAUUAACAUUGAUAUUAUGUAUAUUAAUAUACUAAAAUGUAUUAAAUAUAGAGUGACGAGCAAAAGUGUAAACACACUCCGCUGAUUUUGUGUAAAAGGCGAUACUACGACUAAUUUUUCAAGUGAUCGGUAAAAAUUAGGUAACAGUAACUACAAGCUACGUCUGAUUAACGAAAUGUAAUAGUUCAUUUUCAUUAACAUUGAUAAUGUACAGAACAUUUUACAAAAAUGGACAUCUCAAACCAUGUUUACAGUUUUGCACUUUAAUUACAGUCGUCGAAUUAAGGUUUCAACCUAGUAUUUCGUCCACUUUCCUUUACUUCUUUUUAAUGCUUUUAAUCUACGAGGCAUACUAUCAAUUAAAUUUUUAAUUAUUUGUGGUUCAAUAUUGUACCAUUCCUGUUGUGUUCUUUCCCAUAAUUCAUGAACAUUUGAAGGUAGAUUAUUAUAUUUUUCCAGCCUUCUUUUCAAAAUGGACCACAAAUUUUCGAUCGGAUUCAUAUCCGGACUUUGUGCUGGCCACUUCAUCACAGAAAAAUUUUGAUUUUCUAGCCAGGUUUUAAUUAUUUUUGCAGUAUGCUUAGGAUCCCCGUCUUGUUGAAAUACUAUUUCACGUUCAUUAUAUCCAAUAGAAUUAACUACAGAAGGUAAAUUAUUUUUUAGAAUGGUCAAAUAAUGUUUUUCUCGUAUUAUACCUUCGAUUCGAACUAAGGGACCAACACCUCUGUGAGUAAAGCAAUUCCAACACAUAAUUGAGCCACUUCCAAACUUCAUAGUUUGUUUUAUACCACCUGGUUGAUCAUUAUUCUCGGAUGAAGUCCAAUACCAGGGCCUUCCGUCGGAUUCGAAUCUGUUAAUUUUUGUUUCGUCACUCCAUAUAACUCUUUCCCAAUCUUCGGUCGUCCAUUCUUUGUAGAUGCCGACAAAUUGUUUUCGUAAUUUAAUAUUUUCGUUUGAAAGAGCUGGUUUACUUUCUUUUUUCUUCGCUCGAAAACCAAUUCUCUUUAAAGGGCGACGAAUGGUCCAUUCGCUAGCACUUAUUUCGAUUUCCUGAGCAGCAAUUUUUGGCGUUUUGUAACUAUCCGACCGAAUACAAUGUGCAAUUUCACGUGCUGCUCUAUCCGAAAUAAGUCGCGGUCCACCGUUUUGUGAAGAAAUUAGUCCACUAACAUACUUUUUUCUUAUUCUUACAACUAUCGUAUGACUGACACCACAUUUCUCUGCAAUUUGCCCCAACGACAAACCUUUAUCACACAAACAAAUAAUACUGUUCUUUUUAUCUUCACUAAGUGGCUUCAUCUUGGAUUAAGCAUAUCAAGCUGAAAAAUAAUCUAACAAUGGUGUGGAACAGUUGAUUGUGAAACAGUGGACAAUCGGUGCUUAUUGACAGUUUCAUUUCCUUGACAUUUACAUGCUAUCAUAAACGUUUCUGGCGAAACGUGCAAAACUGUAAACAUUGUUUCAAAACACGAUUAUUAUAAAAUAUUCUGUACAUUAUUAAUGUUAAUGAAAAUGAACUAUUACAUUUCGUUAAUCAGGCAUAGCUUAUAGUUACUAUUACCUAAUCUUUACCGAUCACUUGAAAAGUUAGUCGUAGUAUCACCUUUUACAUAAAAUCAGCGGAGUAUGUUUACACUUUUGCUCGUCACUGUAUAUAUACGCAUUUUAUGUGUUGUUAUUGUUAUGACAUGUAUUCACAUAAAAUAUAAAUGGAUAUUUUAGUAAUUUUUACUAUCUUGUUGUCAUGUAUAAACUAUUCCAUACAACGUAAAAAUAAUAGUACUAUUAUAUAAAAACUCAUUUUAGCUUUUAUAGAAUAAUUCGUUUCCGCAUUUAAUAUAUUUAACCUCCUAAUUCUUAUUUUAUAAAUGUAAAAUAGAAACUGUAUGUUAGUUGUAUUUUUUAACGAUUUUUCUAUAUAAAAACUGUUAAUAUUUACCAUUAAGCGUGAAAAAUGAUGUAUUUAUCUUAUCACAGAUGGUAAUAUAUUUCUGAAAAAUUUAUUAACUAAAAGAUUAUUUUUUAUCGAUAUGUAUAAUUAUACAAUUAUAUACAAAUUGCAUUAAUUUUACAACACCCUAAUGGUAACCAAUAGCAAAUUGCAACAAAUGCCAAAAUUUAGUUUAUUUGUAAUUAAGAUUAAGAGUAUUAUAAUAUCUUUUUGCUCUGCUAUUCGAAGAAUCAUAUUAUUAUAUCUGUAAAUAUUUAUGCAAUGUAUUAUGAAGUAGGGAAUUAUAAAACUUGUGUCAUGCAGUUAAUGUAGCUAAAACAGAUCAAAAUGUUUAGCUUUUGAAAAUGGAAUAUAUACCUAAUCAUUAAAGUUGUUUGAUAUGGAGCUUAGAACCAAAUUGGUAAUGUGUUUUAUUAUUAGUAAAUUAUUAAGUCAAAAGCAAUUCAAGCCUACUAUAAUCUUGUAAUAAAAUACCACGUUUUCACAUUUAUACUGUAUGUAACCAUAGACUACAAUUAUCAUUUCAAAUCAUAUAAUUGUGUAUAUAAUAAGGUUUAUGCAUUUAAUACUUUAGUUCAAUCAAUUAAAGGGUUUAGUAAAAAGUGUAUUGAUUAUGAAUUAUGAAGUAUCAAUUUGCUGUACUCUUAAUUUGCAUCUUAUAAUGAGUAAUUAUAUUUGUCUUGGCAUACAAUAGUUUAUUACAAAUGUAAUUUAUACGUCAAAAUUUAUUUUUGCAUCAUAUUCCAUAUCAAACAAUUUUUAUUUACCAUUUCUUUUACUAUCUCCAUAAAUGUUUAAAUUAUUUUGAUGACUUGUGUUAAACGUCUACAUCUGUAUGUAUUAUGUAUGUGUAGUAUAAAACAUCAUCUGUAAUAUGUUUGUACGUAUGCACAUAUAUAUGUGUAUGUAUACAGAGUGGACUGUUUAUUUCAGAAUUGAACUAAUUCUGAACAUAUGUAAUUGCAUUGUAUACUUUUUCCUAAACUUUAUUGUAUCAAUAAUAGCAGUGAAUGGAUAUAUAUUAAAUCGUAAUGAAAUUCUGUGCAUAGAUAUAUGCAUGCAUACAUAUAUACAUAUAAUUUAUUGUUGAAGAAGUUGUAGAAUAAAUUUUGUGCGAAUAUAA